AACUUUUCCAGAUCGAACUGCUUCCCUUCUCGUUUUUUACUAGGUGAUUCAUGGCUGCCUAGCCAAAUUACCAGAAUACCCCCUCACACUGAUUUCGUCAUAAUCGGCGGCUCAGAUCUUGGUUAUGAACAGGGUGACUUGGGAGGAGAAGCUGCGGAGGCUGGAAGAAGGAGAGGCAACACCUCUGCGACGCAGUGCUCGAAUUUCCCAGCCACCUGAAAGGUUUACCCCGGGGCACAUUGCACGCAUGCAUGAUCAUCUUGUGUCUGAUUUGGAUGAUUGCAUGCUUGUGGACAUGCAUGGGCAUGAGUAUGCUCUUGAUGUGUGUCUCAUGGGUCAGGUGCAUGAGCCUAGGUCAGUCCACGAGGCGCUGAACCGUCCAGAAUGGGUUGAGUCCAUGCAUGAGGAGCUUGAGUCUCACAAGGUCCAGCUAGUUGGCUUCAGUGAUGCUGACUAUGCUGGAGAUUCCGCAAGUCGCAGGAGCCACAGUGGGUAUGUGUUCUGUCUGAAUGGGGCAGCUAUCUCUUGGCAGAGCAAGAGGCAGCCCGUGGUAGCACUCUCUACCACUGAGAGUGAGUAUAUAAGUCUGUGUCAGUGCAUUCAGGAGGGUGUCUGGCUGAGGCGUUUGUUUGGGGAGUUUGGUCAUGAUCAUGCUGGUGGUGUGCCUGUGUUUGUGGAUAAUCAGUCUGCCAUUGCCCUUGCACAGAAUGCAUGCUUGCAUGGCCGCACCAAACACAUGCAGGUCCGGUGGCAUUUCAUUCGGGAGAUGGUAGCUGCGGGUGAGGUGAUUUUGCAGUGGUGCCCUACCAACCGUCAGGCUGCUGAUAUUCUUACCAAGUCUCUUCCAUUUGAGCGCCAUGGUGUGUGCAUGACCUUGCUCGGGAUGCAGCCCCAUGAUGACAGGGUUCCCGCAGCAGAUGCCGGCGUCUUGGUGCUCCUCUCCUUGGCGGACUCCAUGCUCUGGGUGGCCCCAACCCAUGAGCAAGGGGGAGUGGUGUGAAGUCUUUUGCCCUAUGGUGUUGAGCCACACCCAGCACGAGCAAGGGGGAGUGAUAAAUGUGUAGUAUUCUGUGGUGUAGUUUGCUCUAGCUGGUUGUGGGCUAUUGGGUUUUGGGCAAAAGGACUUGGGUUGGUUGGCAAGGUUUGAACUCGUUACCUUUCCAACCCAUACAACCUCAAAUCCACUACAACAUCUUUGAUGUUGCAGUCAUGGCACUUGAGAGUGUUGGGGUUUGGUCUAGGGCAAGGGUUGGUGGUGUUUGACAAUCACAUACUGCAACUUUUCCAGAUCGAACUGCUUCCCUUCUCGUUUUUUACUAGGUGAUUCAUGGCUGCCUAGCCAAAUUACCAGAAUACCCCCUCACACUGAUUUCGUCAUAAUCGGCGGCUCAGAUCUUGGUUAUGAA